CGUUUUGGUGACAAUAUUGUCUCUUUCCCAGUCGAAAUUCAUUCAUAAAUUUCCGCAUAGUAAAAUGUUUGCCAUCCGCCGCACUGCCACACUGAUGACUGCCCGCCGGCCGCAGUUGAUUCGCGCCGUCUUCCAAGCGAACUUCGCCAGCAGCGCUGUGAAAGCAAAACAAGAAAAGAUUCACGUGGAGAAGGCCAUCAGAGAGAACUGUGUAAAAGUUAGCGAGAGCUCUUUUUUUUGUUUGUCCGCACAGAUGGCUCAAAAGAUUCGUGCUGGACCCGUUGUGGAUGUGCUGGGAGAUGAGAUGACCCGCAUCAUCUGGCAGUCGAUCAAGGACAAGCUGAUCCUGCCCUUCCUCGACAUCGAGCUGCACACAUUCGAUCUGGGCAUUGAGUACCGCGACCAGACCGAGGACAAGGUCACCAUCGACUGUGCCGAGGCCAUCAAGAAGUACAAUGUGGGCAUCAAGUGCGCCACCAUCACGCCCGACGAGAAGCGCGUGGAGGAGUUCAACCUGAAGAAGAUGUGGAAGUCCCCCAACGGCACCAUUCGCAACAUUCUCGGCGGCACCGUCUUCCGCGAGGCCAUCAUCUGCAAGAAUGUGCCCCGCCUGGUCACCGGCUGGCAGAAGCCCAUCGUCAUCGGUCGUCACGCGCACGCCGAUCAGUACAAGGCUGUCGACUAUGUGGUUCCCGGACCCGGCAAGCUCACGCUCACCUGGAAGGGCAACGACGGCCAGGUCAUCGAUGAGGUUAUCAACGACUUCAAGGGACCCGGCGUCGCCCUCGGCAUGUUCAACACUGACGACUCCAUUGUGGACUUUGCCCACGCCUCGUUCAAGUUUGCGCUGGAACGCAAGCUGCCGCUGUACAUGAGCACCAAGAACACCAUCCUGAAGAAGUACGACGGUCGCUUCAAGGACAUCUUCGAGGAUCUGUACAACAAGCAGUACAAGAAGCAGUACGAGGCCGCCGGCGUCUGGUACGAGCAUCGUCUUAUCGACGAUAUGGUCGCCUAUGCCAUGAAGUCCGAGGGGGGCUUCGUGUGGGCCUGCAAGAACUACGACGGUGAUGUGCAGUCCGAUUCCGUUGCCCAGGGCUAUGGCUCUCUGGGUCUGAUGACCUCCGUGCUGCUCUGUCCCGAUGGCAAGACUGUCGAGGCUGAGGCUGCUCACGGCACAGUCACCCGUCACUUCCGCUUUUACCAGCAGGGCAAGGAGACCUCCACCAACCCGAUUGCCUCCAUCUUCGCCUGGACCCGUGGCCUGCUGCACCGUGCCAAGCUGGACGACAACGCGCCACUGAAGCAGUUCGCCGAGACCCUCGAGCAGGUCUGCAUCGACACCAUCGAGGGCGGUGCCAUGACCAAGGAUCUGGCCAUUUGCAUCAAGGGCAGCAUCAGCGCUGUCGAGCGCAAGGACUACCAGGAGACCUUUGAGUUCAUGGACACACUGGCCAAGAAUCUGGAGGCAGCACUCGCCAAGAACGCCGCCGCUGCCAAGUGACUGGCCGAACCAGAGCUGAAGGCCUCGCACCUCUAAAAAAAACCACUCAGCGUCGCCUCGUUGCCCCUACUCUAAACACUUAUCUACUAUACAUAUACACAAAUGUGCAUGUCUUAGGCUUACUUUGCUGUGUCCUCGAUGCACAUUUCAAUGUUCAUUGUCUCUGCGAGACCUCAUCCGCAUUCAAUAUUCCCCCUUAACGUCUAACGAAAAAAGGAAAUUUCAAAUAAAUGUAUUUUUAUACCGCUA